UCUAAACACAUUUCUAAGUAAGUACAAUAAAUGUACGCAUGUCUUUAAUAUAAACCCCAUCUAAAUGUGUUUAGAAUUGAAGUGUUUAGGGCUAAAACACUAAUUUCUAAGCUAAACACGAUACUAAACACAAUAUUCAACACUUUUUCAACCCAAUUACAUUGUCAACCUAAUUAUGUUUACAAAUGAGACAUAUUUAGACUUAAACAUGUUUUAAAAAAGUGCACAAAAAUCUGUUUACAGUUGUGUUUAGGAUCAUAACACCAUAUUUACAGCGUACAUUUGGACGUUUAAUACUUAUCAAUCAUUUUAUUGAAGGACUAAAAGAUCAUUUUGCGGCCUUAACUUGAUAUAUUGCCAUGGAAUUCAGCUGUUAAAGUUUGUUAUCAUGAGAUAGUCCCUACAGAUGGAAAAGCUAGAAAUUUUUUAAAUUCUUUAACAGCUAUAUUGAUCGAUUCACAUUAGUGUUACGCACUGGUUAUUUCAAUGGCAAAUACUGAGCAGAAAUUAGUCCAAAACGAUGAUAGUAAAAGAUGUAAUACCGAAGAAUUGUCAGGGAAAACAAUUCUUAUUAUUGGAACUUCCGGGCCAGGUUUGCAGUUCCUGUGGAAAAUUUUGAAGGAUUUAAAUAUAAAGGUAAUUCUGUUUGACCCAAAAGAAGAGAACCAUGGUCGUCGUUUUGUUGAAGUUUUUAUCCAAUACAACUAUUUAGAGGAUUCUAUACACAGAGAUGAAAAUCAUGCAAAUACUAUCAUUCGACUUCUCGGUCACAGGAAGGAACAGCUAUCGGCAUGUAUUUCUUUCGAUGAAGAUAGUAUGCAUUUAACUGCCAUUUUAAGUCAGAAGUUAGGACUGAUUGGUAUUGAUCCAGAUGUUGCUCGUACAUCGCAGAGCAAACAAUUAACCUAUGAUGCGCUGAAAGACGAUUUGGAUACAAGUAAAUAUUCCCCGCUAUCAUUUCGAAUUGAAAAUGUAUCAGAUAUCGUCAAUACAAAAGGUCUUUUAUUUCCAGCGAUACUUAAACCAGAAUAUGGCAGCAAUUCAGAGGGUAUAACGGAAGUUACAUCGACAGACGAUUGUGCAAGUAAAUAUACCAAACUACAAGGUGCAUUUGGAAAAGAUUGGAACGUGAAGGGAUUCGGCAGUGCAAUGGUUCUAAUGGAAUACUUACCUGGCAUAAGUCACCACAUUGAAAUUGUUGUAUUUCACGGUGCUUUGCUUAAAGCACUCGUAUCAGACAUGGGUCCAAAAUUACCAGGUGUAUUUGCAGAUACGACCACUUGUUUUCCGACUUGUUUAUCGGACAAAUUAAAGGGCGAAAUAAUUAAUGCGUCUUUUGAUUGCUGUAGGAAAAUCGGAUUGGAUAAUGGUGUUUACAAUGUUGAGAUGAAAUUGACCAACACUGGCUUCAAGAUGGUCGAAAUAAACACCAGACCUGGUUCUUAUAAAAGGUGUGCUGUUUUCAAAACCACGAAUUCUAUCGACCUACAUGUGACCAAUGUUUUAAUCAAAUGUGGAAUCAAGCCAAAGUUACAAGAAGUGAAUAUGAAUUAUGCGGUUGGAUGUUUUCUGUAUUCAUUUGCUCAUCGUCGUCAAUUGAGGAAUCAAACAGUACAGAGGAGAAUCAGCAAAUUACAACAGCAAAAUCAAAUUCUAUACAUUGAAAGAUCCGAAAUAGCUGAAUGUGAUAAUACCUUUCCAAAAUGUUUCGCUCAUUUAGUGGCUAUGGACAAAAGAAGUGUACAAUUUGCAAAACAAAAUUUGAUAGACAUUUGCACGGAACUCAAUCUAUCUAGUGAUGAAUAUAAUAUAAAACAUUUUACAAGGUAUUUCUAAAACGUACAUACAGGAAUAUAAUCACUUAGACCUAUACGCAUUUUGUCAGGACUCGGUAAUUUUAGUACAUGGCAUUCUAGUACGUGCCGGAGUGACACAUUUUAUGCAAGCUUCUAUUCAUUGAUGUUUCCCUUUCAAAUAAAAUA